UCCGCUUACUCCGUACGUCGUGUCAUUUCGCGCGCCUCUCUUGAAAAGGUAGACUUCGUCCCCAAUCAUGUUGACUCUGAAGACGUCGACUGGACAGCUGUGUCAUACAAGUCUGCGGCAGUGUCAAAAACACGGCUUUUGACCCCAUCAAUGCGGGGCUGACCCGGUGAGCUUUUCUCGUUCGUGGGGUGUUUCCUAUUGCUGUCGAGCGCAGCCGGGUAUCUAGACCCCAAUAACUGCCGAUCGAUUCUGGGCCUAGAGACGGAACAGGGAUACAUAUAUUUGACAAACGACCUCCAGUAUCACUAACAAUCAUCCUGCCCCUGCUCGUGCUUGCGAGACCAUAUUAUCUAGAUUGCCGCGAGUCGAGUUCUCUUGCACAAUGGGUAGCGUAGCGGGCCAAUCUGCGCCGGCCUCAGUCUCACUGGGAAAGCUCGAAUUUCGAGGUUUUGUGAACGAUGCGACACAAGUGUCGAACUUUCUGGGGAUUCAGUAUGCCACAAUUCCCGCACGCUUCCGUCAAGCUCAACCUAUCGACCACUCAACUCUGACCGGUGUUCUUGAAGCGACCCAAUAUGGGCCGAUAUGUCCUCAAGCCGUGAGACCAGGCCGAGGAGAGUCCCCGCUCUUUCAAGGCUUGCCCCAGACCGAAGAUACUAUGGACGAAUUUGGAUGUUUGAGGCUCAAUGUCUACACUCCUACGGCACAGCACUCCUCGCCUUUACCUGUCUUGGUCUGGAUCCAUGGUGGAGGCUUCGUGUUUGGAGAUGGAGGCCGAGAGUUUGACGGCAACUUCUUGGUUCAGCACUCAGUCGAAUCUGGGAAGCCCAUUCUCUUUGUUGCGAUGAACUAUCGACUAGGUUAUUUUGGAUUCCUUACCUCAGAGGAACUGAAGGCCGAAGCCAAGAAGGAUGGGCAAAUCCCAUUCUCCAAUAUGGCAAUGUACGACCAAAGGGUUGCACUUUCAUGGGUUCAAAAGCACAUUCAGUAUUUUGGCGGUGACCCAUCGAACAUCACCAUUGCCGGCGAAUCUGCAGGAGGGCUAUCUGUCCUGGCUCAUCUCCGCUCGCACGUCCCCGUCUGCCAGAGAGGAUUUAUCAUGUCGAGCCCAAACCUCGACUACCCACGACCAGAAGAGGCUCAAGCUACUUUCGAUAGGCUUGUUGCUAGCACGGAUGUCCCCUCGUCAGCGACUGGAGAAGAGAAGCUCGCAGCAUUGAGAGCCCUCUCGUCCGAUGAUAUGAUGGCACUUCUUGGUCGAUCUUUCUCGACGCCACUGUGGGAUCCAGAAUGGUACACAUAUCAGGACGACUCCACUCCCACUGCAGGUCCGGCUCCACUGGGGCCUUGGGUCAAGGCAGUCAUCACGGGCUCCACAAAACAGGAAGCUGCAGUGUUUGGAAUGAGCAUGGGCUGGCCGUCGUGGACAGCGGAGCAAUUUUCCGAAAGAGUCAAGGAUGUCAUCCAAGAUGGGAAGGAUGCUGCAGAGUUGAUGCGCCUCUAUGGCAUUGAUCCAAAGUCAUCCCAGAAAAUCAACCUGGAAGGUCUUAUCGACAUGGUCACGGACACGAAUUUUAGCGGGUUGCCCUAUAUUGUUGCGGAACAAUCUGAAAGUACAUCAUCCCCUCCCAUCAGCCUUUACAGAUUCGACCAGCCAGACCCCUUCCCAGGGAGUCCCUUUUACGGCUAUGCGUAUCAUUCACUCGAUAACGCUUUCUUCUGUCGAUAUCCUUCUGUUGCUGGCCCUCAAGCGCCAGCAGAUGUGAAGGCUACUGCUGACGCAUUCAACAAAGCCGUCCUUGAUUUUGCGAAUGGAAGCCAGCCAUGGGAGACUUAUAGCAAAGACCAAAAGAUCAUGGUAUUCAAUGGUAAGGCGAGUGGGCUGGGCAAGGCAGACCAACCUGAUCGGUGGAGGAAAAUAUUUGGGGCAAGGGACGGCGAGAAGACUGUCAGGCGGUAUAACCACAAGUUGAUGGCUUUAGGUCACGAUUCAUUACCUUGAAAUACAAUGUAGGCU